CUCGCAUUCAGUGACUGUACGCUCCAAAACAUGUCGAAGCGCAAAUCAGAAGAGCCCCUCGAGAACCUCCUUGCAGUGACAUCGCCGUCGAGCAAAAAAGCCCGCGUGGAAGACGUCCCAGAAGAGCUGGCUGAAACAAUCCGCACGAUACGAAACGGCACGAAGCAUGACAGGACGCCUCUUCCUACGAACGGGGUAAAAGGCGCAGUCAAAGAAGAAGAGGAAGAAGAGUCUGGAUCCGAGGCUGAAGAUGACAGACUCCCGGCUGCACCUCUGCGACAGACCGCGCCAACGGAGGGAUACAGCGAUCUCUAUCUGGACACAAUCAAUCGGACCCUACUCGAUUUCGAUUUCGAAAAACUAUGUUCCAUCACCCUUUCCAAUAUCAAUGUGUAUGCAUGCCUAGUGUGCGGCAAGUAUUUCCAAGGCAGAGGUCCAAAAUCGCAUGCAUAUUUCCAUGCUCUCGAAGUUGAUCAUCAUGUCUAUAUCAACAUGGAGACCAAAAAAGUUUACGUGUUACCCGAGGGGUAUGAGGUUCACAAUAAGAGCUUGGACGAUAUCAAAUAUGUAGUCGACCCCAAAUUCACCGAGGAUGAAGUGCGGAAAUUGGACAAAGACCCUAGAGUCUCGACUGAUUUGCUGAACAAGAAAUACCGGCCUGGAUUCAUUGGCAUGAACAACAUCAAGGCAAAUGACUAUCUCAAUGUAGUUGUGCAGGCAUUAGCCCAUGUUGCCCCGGUCAGGAACUUCUUCCUAUUGCAUCAAUUCCCACAGACGACACCGCAACUCCCGGUACGAUUCAGUGCACUAGUACGAAAGAUAUGGAACUCCAAAGCUUUCAGAUCCCACGUGUCGCCUCAUGAACUUUUACAAGAGAUCACGCUGAGGUCUUCCAAAAAGUUUACUCUCACACAUCAAUCAGAUCCAGUAGAGUUCCUGUCUUGGUUCCUGAAUACACUGCAUCUAAGCCUUGGUGGUUCGAAAACGAAGCCUCUGUCAUCCAUCAUUCAAAGGACUUUUCAAGGAAAACUCCGGGUAGAAUCACAAGCCAUUGCAGCCAAGUCCGACACCACAGGCGACCGGCUUAGAUUCGAAGACUCCUCAACCAUCACGACCAAUACUACUCCUUUCAUGAUCCUUACUCUCGAUCUACCUCCCGUCCCGCUUUUCCGAGACGCUGUCGAGUCAAAGAAUAUCAUUCCCCAGGUGCCACUGACGACCCUAUUGCAAAAGUACAAUGGCAUCAACGCGUCGGAGAGACAGUCGCACCGGGUUCGUCACCGCUUGUUACAUCCGCUUCCACAAUACUUGUUAUUCCACGUUAAACGGUUUAGCGUGAACAAAUUUGUGUCGGAGAGAAAUCCCACCAUCGUGACAUUUGGAUCGCCUAAGGGGUUGGACAUGUCGCCAUAUGUCGAGCCAAAUCCCGCUCUCCACCCUCCAGGCGAACCCAUCCUCUACGAGCUGGCCGCCAACAUCAUCCUCGACACCACAUCUGUAUCGACUGGCGGGGGUGAGGAUUCCAAUGCUGCUGAUGCUGCCAACUUGGCAGCUGGUGCCGAGGGACAGCGAGUGGCUUGGAAGGUGCAGCUUCACGACAAAGCGGUUGCCUAUGCAAAGAGGAAUGACCUACCAGAGUGGAUGGAAAUUCAAGAUCUGUAUGUAGAGAGAGCUGAAGCAGAAACCUUAUUCACCAGAGAGGGUUACCUCAUGGUAUGGGAGCGGAAGAGAGAAAAGCCCAAAGCAAACGGCAAUGCGCUAGGCAAAGCCAGGGCGUAACGUUGUUGUUUGCGCCCUAUCUGACUCUGAUAUUUUCAACUCCUCGAUACGCCUUGUAACACUGUACUAGACUCUGUACGCUUGUUGUGAGUGCUCUCCAUUACGUCGCUUGACCCGGCACUAUGAGAUCGCGGAGUUCAUCG